UUUAAGGCUGAGCCCGUGACAAUGCCCCUUCCUUUAGAGAGUGUCCUUGUCCUCAAGGGUGAAAUUAGGAAACCUCAAUGCCAAUUCUUCGAGUACCUCCCUAGUGGCUUCUGUUGGAGGCAGUCCUUUCUAGAGAAUCAACAACUGCAAGACUGCCUGAUGAUUCUUUUUCACCAUUCUUCGUCCCAAGAUAGCUUGUGGCUGGAGAGUGGGUUCCCCGGGGAAAUCAGGUAAACUGGCGUGCACCAUUUUGUUUCCCACUCGCUUCUUCAACUGCGAGACAUGAAAAACUAGAUGAAUGGUCGCAGAUGGAGGUGAUAUCAACUUGUAAGUAAUUUCAAGUUAAUAUUUAAAAUUAAAAAGCUUAAGUAAUUUCAACAAUGUUUUAAUACUAAAAGUAAAUGAACUCUAGUUUUAAUUUGGCAUGAAAAAUGCCUCAUUAACAGUGUUCUAACAAUUUUUGUCCCUGCAUGGAGUGCUUCUACUCGCCAUACUCAGCAGUUUAGACUUCCAACCAGCUAGUCGACAAUGAAUCUUCUCUAAAAUAUGCUUAAAUUUACGACUCCUUGCUCCUCUUGACAUCCAAAGGCACACCCAGAAUUGGCAAAUUUAUGAAGCACUAACAUCAACUUGCAUAUAUAGUUAGCCCGUUAUUGGCGUCAUAUUUUUUGUUUGGGCCGUGGGGCGAAUUUAAGGAUGCGUGUUUAACUGGAUUCUUACAAUUGAAUAACGACUAUGCCAAUGUUCUUGGCUGCUGCCCUGGUUCUUCCCGCCCAAAGUAUAAGACCACCACCAUAACCUAAUUACACCAAUUCCUAAUUCUCUCUCUGUCUCUCUCUCCGCUCCGAAUUCUCCAAUACUUUCUCUUUGCAUUCCAAAUUCUCUGCUCUCUCUCUCUCUCUCUCUCUAUUACUGGUUUCUUUAUUUCAUCUUCUUUACUUCAAGAAUGGAUGAUAUCCCUGACGCUACGGCUAGGCUUAUCUCUAUCAUCAAUCGUGGAUCAUCCGCCUUAAAAAAUGCCCACUUUGAUAAAGCUGCUAGAUACUUCAAGAAGGCUCGUGAUGCCAGCGUUCAUCUCCAAGGUGAACGUACUCUGGAACGCUCCCUUUUGCACCAUUUAUAUGGUGUUUCCUUGCUGUACGAAAUUCCAUUUCAGGGAGAUGAUGAUCCGUUGGAAUUUUUACCGAGGGAAGCUGAUUACUAUCUUGCUAAAGAUAGACCUUAUAGUUCUUAUAGCAAGUUAUACAGCGGUACUGUUAGCCAAGAGGACUAUGCAAAUCAGAUGGAAGCUGCACAGAAAGAACUAAAGAUUGCAUGGUCAAUUCUGGAAAACGAAUCAAACUGCUUAAUAGAGAAAGCUAAUACACUCUGCGCCCUUGGGGAGGUUGCAUUGAGAAGGGGGGAACCAAAUCCUGAGCGUUAUUAUAUCCAAGCAUCAUCCUUUUUUGAGAGUUUGGAAGGAGAAAUUCAUAAACAGCGAAUAGUCCAUAUAAAUGUCAAAAUAUGCAUCUGCCUAGAGGGUAGCGACAAGAUUAAAGCCAUUGAAUAUGGCGAGAAGGCUCUGUCAUCCUAUCAGACUCAACUGAAGCGGCUAAUAUCUGAAACACAGAGCUCAUCCAAAUCUGUAGAAACACAAACUUCCUCUGAUUCGGAAUCGUCUUCAGCCACACAAAUUGAUCCUUCUAUUCAGAAAAAGAAAAAUGAAAGGAGCAUGCUGAUUAAAAUUUUAAGUAAGCUGCAAUUCCAGCUUGAUGAUCUGAAGGCAGGUUCAUCUACCUCACGAAACCUGGAAGGAACUUCAGUGGCUCCAGUGGCUCCAGCUGGUCAUAGAGAUGGAAAAGAAAAAUUGUCCCAAUUAAUACAAGUCCUGAGAAUUGAUAAGCAGUUUGAUAACUGAGAACUGAUCAGCCAACCGAUUCUCUGCAAAGAAUCAGAUAUGGGUGAUGGUUUCAUAGAUUCCCCCUGUGAAAAUUGUCGUCUUACCUCUUCUUAACGCCAAGAACACUGUUUUUUUGGCUAUAGGAUUUCACCUAUCACUCGGAACUUUUUCGAUACGUCUGUUCGUUAAUGCAUUUUUUUGGUUA